CGCGUCUCCAUUGCGCACUCGUUCACUGCCCAUAGCAGGGGCCACGCCCUUUUUUUUCCCUUUUUUUCUUCUUGUUCUCAUUUCCCGCCGGUGACGAGCUUCGAGGGCGCGCGCGGGUCACCUGAUCGCCUUUCCCGCCACUGGGAGCGCGGCUGGACCGGAGAUUGAAGCCAAGCGCGUUCGCGACGUCAUCAGCGACCCCUCCCCCCUCCUAAACAGAUACAAUAAUACCGGCAGAGGCCGGGCGCCCCCCGGCACACAGCGCCAUCUCCUGGAGGCCCUCGGGAGUCCGCGGCUCGUCUUUGUACUUCAGGCCUGUUAUCUGUGCGCGGUGCUGGGGAGGAGUGGCGGGCCGGAGCCGCUUCCUGUCAUCCGCGCACGGGAGGCCUCGCUGCGCCGCGGCCUAGAUUUUGCGCCCUUGCCGGAAGCCUCGUGAGCAGCCUCGGCUCUUCUCCAUGGAUGUGACCGCCCCGCACUGAGGGGCGAUGUGAACCCUGGAGCGCCGGCACUGAGGAUGAGGACCCCGGCAUCCGUGCACUAGAGCCCGGGCCUUGAGUGGCGUGCAGCGCCCCCCGGAGACAAUGACCUGGGGGUGAGGAGCCGGGGGGAGCCGCCUGAUGCACCUGCCGUUACCGGACUGAUUCUCUGUCUGCUGGAGCCCGCGCCUGGAAGCAGUCUGCAAUGAACCCAGUGAAUGCCACCUCUCUGUUCAUCUCAGCGAGCCGACUGGUGCUGAACUACGACCCCGAGGACCCGCAGGCUGCCGCCGAGAUCUGCAGGAUGCUGCCCUUCUUCAGGCAGGCCCUGGCCUGCUGUGUGUGCGGAAAUUUGCUUGAAGACCCUGUAUCUCCAAUCAAUUCAACUUGUCAGCAUUAUGUGUGCAAGCAGUGCAAGGGUAAAAAGAUGAUGAUGAAGCCUUCAUGCAGCUGGUGUAAGGACUACGACCAGUUUGAGGAGAAUAAGCAGUUGGGCAUCUUGGUGAGCUGCUACAAGAAGCUAUGUGAGUACAUCACACACACACCGCUGGCACGGGACGUAUUAAGUACCAUGGAGUGCUCGGCCGACAUUUUGGCAUUUCUUCCCGAGGAAACUGUGGAAGAAUCUACACCCGAGGAAGAGCAGGGGAGAACUUCUGGGCCCCCCUCACCGCUGUGUCCUUCUCAUUCUCCUUUACCGUCUAAUUCAGAACUGGCAACUGAACCGGAAGCAAACCUCUGCCCCAUCCCCCAAGACGCACCAGAUCUUAAUAGUGAGUGCACAGUUGCUAAUGGUUUGCCCAACUGCAAUGGACUAUCGUCUGAAACCGAUCUUGCUGUAAAUAUCCCUACCCCUGAGAGCCCCGGCCCCAUCGACCUUUGUUGCACACCUGUCGAUAUUAAAACAGAGGACCUGUCGGAGAGCCUAGAGACGGUCUGUGACCAGGUUUCUACAAGUGACUUAUGUUCAGCUGGACUUGAUAUAUGUGGUUAUAACGAUGAUCUUAAAAGCAGUGGUCCUCUGCUUCUUAGCGUCGAGGAAGUUCUCCAGAGCCUCGACACUGUUUCCGGUUCCGAAGUCACGGACUGCGACCUGCAGCACGCUCUGGACACGUCCGUGUCAAAUGGAACGUUUUUGGAUAUUUGCCCACAGCCACUUACACAUACUGUCCUGUUGUCCGACAGCCACGCUCCCCCUCUUGGUGUCUCCUGUACAGCUGCAACCCUAAAAAUGGUGAAAACUAACCGCAAGCGGUCUCGUUCAGAGAGUGACAGUGAGAAAGUCCUGCCCCUGCCCAUUUCCAGCAUUAUCCUCGGGCCGGCGAUAGGUUCCCAGACUCCUUUUCUACUAACUCGGGAAAACAGAAACUUCUUUCAGCCUAUUGUGACUGUCCCCAAUGGGGGUAGCUCCUCCAAAAUUAGCAAGACCAUUCUUUUAUCAAAUAAAACCUUGAAGAAAAAUCCGGAGCACAUGCAUAAGAAAACGCAUCCGAAAUCCAAGCCACCAUUGCUGAAAACAAAGGACAAGGUAAAGGAGAAACUAUCCAGCAAUAACGUGGUCCCCGGGAGCCCGACAAAAACUGUGUAUAAAAAGCCGCCUGAGAAGAAAGGCUGCAAAUGUGGACGUGCUACUCAAAAUCCAAGUGUUCUUACCUGUCGGGGCCAGCGAUGUCCUUGCUAUUCAAAUCGGAAAGCGUGUCUGGACUGCAUUUGCCGUGGCUGCCAAAACUCUUACAUGGCAAAUGGGGAGAAGAAGUUAGAGGCGUUUGCUGUGCCGGAGAAGGCGCUAGAACAGACACGGCUCACUUUGGGCAUUAACGUGACCAGCAUUGCAGUACGCAAUGCCAGCACGAGCGCCAGUGUCAUUAAUGUUGCGGGCUCUCCUGUAGCGACUUUUUUAGCUGCCAGUCCCCACGAUGACAAAAGCUUAGAUGAAGCGAUAGACUUGAGAUUUGACUGUUAAUAGGGCCAGCCAUCCCUGGCUGUUUAGGGGGCAGGAGAAUGGUUGCAGUUUUAUGGCAGCUAUGGUUCUGUUGGGUUUCCUUGCCAGAGCUUCUGCAUAUAGAUCACUUGUAUCAAGUGUGUUUAUUGCUAAGUUAUGUGUUCAUGUUUGUGGGGUCGGGAGGGGUGGAUGGGACAAUGAAUUGUAACCCUAAAGUCUGUCAGUUUUCUAUUUCUUCAGUCUGAGGGUUGACUCGAAGACUUAUGUUUUUUUUUUUUUCUCUGAUGCACCUGAUUUAUAGAAAAUGAUCUUUGGCAAGAAAGAGCAACCACGCAACAACCUCUUGUAUCCUGUCAUACGUUGUUUUAACCAUUGCCCGUCGUAGCCAUGAUGUUGGCUUUCUAAACUGCUUUGUCACUUCAUAUAGGAAAUGAAGUACAAAUAUCACAAUAGUUUGAUUGCAACGAUCCAUGUGAUGCACACGAGGGUUCACUGACACUUGGCAAUAUUUCCCCCUUCCCGUGUAAAUUUUUACACUAAUUCACUCCUUUGUCUAAUGUACAUGCUGCAUUCCAAAGAUCUAACAUCCUCUUAAGUACAUGUAAGUCUUUCCGUAAUGCUGUCCUCAUGAGUUCACACACAGCAGUAUUUGAUGUCUGGUAGAUCACACAGGUAGCAUUGGUCUUGGCCUACAUACAUUUAGGGUGAUGGUAUAGAAUCCCAAUAGUUGAUGGCCUUGUCUGCCCAAAAUGAUCGUGGCCAUGUCCUUGGGUUUAGCAUGUCAGCAGCUUAUACCCCUCCGUUCCUGGCGUAUAUCUUGCAUCUUCUGGCUUAUUGAGGAGUCAUGUCUGUAGAGAACAGGGUAACUGGGCUGCCGUAGUCAUUUACACCUAGCCGGUGGUCACUGAAUGCUUGAUAUUUCUGAUGAUCAGAAGAUACAUUCUACCACAUGUAUUCAUAAAUGGGUUGCUUGUUUCAUGUAAACCUUAUACAGUACACUAGAGCACUUGAUGUGGAGACGGUGAUCCUCUUGUUAGGAUGUGUGCCCAUGAAGCCAUUUGUGGAGCAGCCUGCCACUUCUCCAUGCAGUUGUGGUGACCUGAACAUGGAUUAGCAGUGGGUCUGUGAACCAUGGAGGGUCCGGGUCUUUCCACCAGUCAUCUGAAUGUGUCCUUAAUCUAUUACUGAUGCGCGUCUCUUUUCACAUACGUGGAGCUGAUUACAGAUGUUUAAUGGGUGAAGAUGUUGCCGUUUCAGUCGUAGGUAGUGUCCAUCUGGUCACUGAAAUUCUAAUCGGGAACCAGCUUGUCAAAGGCUGUUGCUGAGGGCUGUGCCAUGUCUAAUACGCAAAAUUGGAAUAGUAACGGAAUCGGAGAAAUCCCUGUGUGUCGGGAUCUUAAUUUAACCUGCUGGAUCGUACGCGGAUAUCCGGCCUUUUAUUUAGUACACCACAUUGUAGGAUAUUUUUCACCCACUGUACAAUAUAGGAGGCUUUUCAUUUUUAGGAGUUAAUAAAUAAAUUAAAAAAGGCAAAAAAGGUAUUAGAAUAAUAAUAAAAAACUAAAUUAUAGAUGCUUUCCCAAACUCACUCUGUACCAGUACCACUACUCCUAUCCUCCCUGCUGCACCCAUGACGUCAUGUGUUGCAUGCAGCGAUAUACCGGUUUAUUGCACACAUCUGCUGUAGCCAAUUGCUGGCCUCAGCAGUAAACGGCACACGGCCAGUGAUUGGAUGCAGUGGGCAUGUGCUGUAUAUGAGCACAUCGGAGGGCUUUUAAAAAAAUAAUAAUUCUUAUUUAAACUCCUACAACCAUUUUAAAGCUUAAUUUUUAUAAACCACAUGAAAUAUUAGUUCCGUAGAAGUGUCUCCUUUUGCCUUAAACCCUCCCUUGGCUACAAAAAACGUUUCCUUAAUUCUAUGUGUCCAGAGGUCAUCCUGCCAAUUUAAUGUCAUUCUGCCGUAAAACAUCCUUUGUCAUUUGUGCAAGUAAAUUCUUAGGCUGCUUUCACGUGGUCUUGUGUGGUUUGUGACGGCCGCGUUUCCCAGACCGACCACAGGUCUGCUGUCCCAUAUGCUGCCGACGCAGUGAGUACAGAGCAGUAGAUCCUUGCUCAGUACUGGAACUCGCAGCAUUAUAGAUUGCCAUGAUGCAGCGGCGGGUCCAUAAAAAUGCAGCCGUCACACCGACCGUAUUCUUCCAGACUCCACGUGGCCAUUAGACAGAGGUUUUAGAAAUUUUUCUAUAAAAAAAAAGUAGUUUUCAACGUUCCCAUAGUUGUGGGGGGAAGCGUUAGUUGCCUGUUGGGUACGUACGCAAUCCUGAUCUUUACAGUGUAUGGAGAUUGUUGCCCCCAAGGUUCACUAUGUAGUGGCAUGAUGCCUUUAUACUUCACACCAAACGUUUGAAAGAACAGAUGGAAAUGCCUACAACAGUCCUGAUUUUGUGCACAACCAAUUAACUUUUUGCAGCUAUUCUACGUAAGUUCUUCUGAAGUAUUAUGAGGUCAUGAGUUUAGGAAGGGACCACAUCUUAUGGGACCGGCACCUCCAGCUACGCUCCAAUAAAGCUGGAAGUCUCCCUGUCUGGGUGGUGUGAGAAGGAUGGCUGAUUGGGGCACCAUGCCUAAAGCAUGCCAUGUUAUCUUAAAACGCACAAACACAAUACAAAAAACUGGCAUGCAAAAUGCUUUCUCUGUAGCGUGCCUCAUAAUUCACUAGGUUUUAAAGGGUUUUUCUUGGAGGAAAAUGGUCUAACUUCAGGAUAGGUCAGCAGUAUCUGAUUGGAGGGUUCUGGCACUGCCACCCAGCCGCGUUGUGAAGAGGCUGCGGCGCUCUUCACCGUAUACCAAGCACAGCGCUGUACAUGAAUGGGACUGAUGAAAAUGACAUCACUGGCCUUGGAAGUAGCUGCAGCUGAUCGGAGAGGUCCGAGAGUUGUACCCCCCAUCAAAUAUCGAUGACUUAGCCGGAGGAUAGGUCAUAAGUAUUAAACACCCUAAAAACCUCAAACAUAAAUGGCAAAAAGACUGUGAAACCACCAGGGGUAAUGUCACACUGGUGAGUGUGGUCUGGGAGAAACAAUCUGUGUUAGGGGCCAAACUCACCUCACCAACAUGAACUAUGAUGCUGUGAGUCCCAGUCUGACCACGGGUCUACUGUCCUGUACGUGGCUUCAUCUGAGCGCAGUAGACCCAUGGUUCGGUUGAAACUCCCGAAUCGUAAUUGACAAUGUUUCAGUGAGUUUGACUCGCAUCAGCUGCUGUCAGUCCGGGAAAUGUGGCUAGAUCUAGAGCAGGGGUCAGCAACUUUUUGGCACUCCAGCUGCUGAGAAACUACAACUCCCAGCAUUCCCACUUGUUCAGAUUUUCUUUCAACUCCAAUACAAGUUAAUAAAGCAUUCUGGGAACUAGUUUCAGCACAGCUGGAGCGCCGGAUGAUGCUUAUCCCUGAUCCAGAGGGUGCAUUUGACUCAGUGUUAAUGGUGGUCCAUGCUUGACGUUAUUGAGUUCACAUCUUCCCCCUCAAUGCAGGGAUCAGUAUACAGUACAUCCAUACAGUGCUAUGUAAGAAACGCACACUGUCCUUGUACUUACUGCAGGUCAUUAAUAAAGAUCCAGCUCCCCCACUUCAUGAUGUCCGAUGUGAUUGCUAUAGGGGGAAGAGGGGUCAGUCUCCUUUACCGUCAUAUACUCGGAGAAAGCCCCUCAUGAUGUCUACAUUUACACUUACAAAAUUCUAUAUUCUAGACAUCUAGUUUGAUUUGGAAGGUUCCCUCGAUGCACUGUGUUAGAUAUCGAUAUGACUUUUGACUACAGCUUUGCUCUUGAGUUACUGGAGUCCUGGCCCUGUCCGGAAUUUAAAAAAAAAUGUCAUUAAAUUAUUGAGGCUUAAUUAUUAUCUGGCCUUUUAAUUGCACAAUGAGUUGUUACAUUAUAUUUAUAUGGUGUCCCCCGUUAUUUAAGGUGAACUGAACUCUUCUGCUGUCUGUCGUAUAUGUACUGAAAACCUGCUCCCGCUGCAGCCCUCUAAUAGACCCAUCAGUAUAUUCAUCAGAAAAGUGCAGGUGUGAGAUUCUGGAGUCCUAGAAGUUGGUGACUUCUGUGUCAGGUUCCUGAGAUCUGUUUCUUUUCUCUAAUAUAUUCUUAGGAAGACAUUCCCUGUAAGUCUCAUGCACUAGCAGUGGUUCUGUACAAGACAGGUGGUCAGGUCCCCCAUGUGGUUGCCUUUAACUUUGAACUUGUUUCGACCUUUUUUGUUUUAAGCCUCUUCUCACUAUAAAUACCUGGUAGAGCAGUUGACCUUCUGAAUUUCCAAGUUGUUGCCAGACCUAUGGAUUGAGCUGUUCCAAAAGUUUGCAUGAUGGGGAUAUAUUUCCACAUGGAAUAGUGGUCACACACAUUGCGUUAUUUAUUAGAAUUUUUUUCCAUUUUAAUUGAAAUGUUGAAGUCCUCCAAGACCAUUUGUGCUGGCCAAAAGAGGAUCUCGUGAAUAAAGUCUCACCAGAACGUUGGUGAGAUGUUCCAGCACUAGGUAUGGCUUUAGCUUCUGGGAUUCCUCAAGUUUUCCUAUUUGGAAAAAGGAAUCAGCAUGCAGAGAAGUGCCUCUUACCCACACCUCCAUGAGGCGCACCUUCAAGAACACAGUCUUGGUGACACCAUGUCCUGUUCUCUCUCUCUCUCGCUUCACACUGUCCUCCUUGUGAAUGUUGUCUGAUAGAUUGCUAAGUGUGUAUCUGCUGUGUAGGGGAAGAUCAAGGCAAAAAGCCAUAGGAAGAUGUAAUGUUUUGUGUCUUCUGUCAUAACUCUCUCCCCACACAGAUCCCCCACUUCUCAGUUGUGUGUGUGUGUUUUUUUUUUUUUUUUUUUUUUUUUUCCCCAUGCAAGAAGAUUUUAAACUAUUUUUGAUAAUGAGAGUAACUGGUGGAAAUAAUUUAGUAAUUCCUGUCAUUACUGGCCUGCACUGGCACCUAUGUUUUAUUAUUAUUUUUUAAUUAUUAAAUAUGAGGUUCUGUGAUGUCUUAUUAAAACCAAAUUGUAUUUCGUUA